UUAGACCUCAGCUCCGACAGUUGUCGGUACACAUUGAAACUCAAAAGACGUGGAUAGCGCAUCGAACCGAAAGACUGAUUACGGGUAUAAGGUUAAAGCCGCUCUCGCUCUUUCUGCUACGAAAACUCCCGCACGCAUACAAACGCAUUCGUGCAAAAUAAGGAAAUUCAACUAAAAACCAUUAAAAGUUUUGGUUGAAUUUUUCCUCAAAAAAAAGAAAAAUAAUUAUUGAAAAAAAAACUAAGCUAUUGUGUCAAACAAUAACAGAAAACAAAAAGAAAAAUUAGUCAUUAUGUUUACGUCAAAUAGUUUUAAAUUAUUUUCUGCCCUGCUCUUUGUGGCGGUCGUGGUUACAGCUCAAAAGGAAGAGUUCCAAUGUCCUUCAACAAUAGCAAAUGGCAAUUAUGCUGAUCCCGCCACCUGCCGUCGUUUCUAUCAGUGCGUCGAUGGCUUCCCUUACCUGAAUCGUUGUCCAUCCGGUUUGUACUUUGAUGAUGUGCAAAAAUUCUGUACCUUCAAGGAUGAAGCCAAAUGUGGUCCUUUGGCUACAACACCAUCAACCAUUACCGAAGCACCUGCUGAUAAAGCAAAAAAAUGCGAUCCCAGCGAAUGUCAACUGCCAUACUGUUUCUGUUCCAAGGAUGGCACACAAAUUCCCGGUGGUUUAGAAGCGGAUAAUGUUCCCCAAAUGAUCAUGCUGACAUUCGAUGGUGCUGUCAACUUGAACAACUAUGACCAUUACUUGAAGAUCUUCAAUGGCAAACGUAAGAAUCCCAAUGGCUGUAACAUUCGUGGUACCUUCUUCUUGUCACAUGAAUAUAGCAACUACCAACAAAUCCAACAUCUCGGCUAUGCCGGUCAUGAAAUCGCCACCCAAAGUAUUUCGCAACAACAAGGCUUGCAGGAUAAGGGCUACGAGGAAUGGGUUGGCGAAAUGAUUGGUAUGCGUGAAAUUUUGCGUAACUUCGCCAAUGUGUCGGUCAAUGAAGUUGUCGGUAUGCGUGCCCCAUUCUUGAAGCCCGGCCGUAAUACACAAUAUAAGGUCUUGGAAGAUUUCGGUUACAUCUAUGACAGUUCGAUUACCGUGCCGCCAGUACCCGUACCGGUUUGGCCCUACACUUUGGACUACAAAAUCUCGCAUGAAUGCAAGAGCGGUACCUGCCCCUCAAAGACUUUCCCCGGUGUUUGGGAAGUCCCCUUGAACACCCAUUACGUUGAGGGUUAUGAAGGUGGCCACUGUCCAUUCUUGGAUCAAUGCGUUCUCCACAAUUUGGAUGAAAAUGAAGUGUUCGAAUGGUUGCAAGAAGAUUUCUCACGUUACUAUGAACAGAAUAAGGCUCCCUACAUGAUGCCAGUGCAUACCAAUUGGUUCCAGACCAAACCUUUGGAAAAUGGUCUUCACAAGUUCUUGGAUUGGGCUUUGGAACUUCCCGACGUCUAUGUCGUUACCAUUUCUCAGAUGUUGCAAUGGAUGACCGACCCUAAGGACACACGUGAUGUCAAUCAAAUCGAUUCGUGGAAAUGUGAUAAGAAUGUUGCUGUCGCCUCGAAACCCUGCAACAUUUGGAACACCUGUGCCCUACCCUUCAAGAUUCCCGAACAGAAUAUCACCGAUACCCGUUACAUGGAGACAUGUCGCGAAUGUCCCAAUGUCUAUCCUUGGUUGGGCGAUGCUGGCGGUACUGGUAUUCAGGGACGUGACAGCUACAUUUUUUCAGGACCCAUUCAGGAUGCUGAUGGUGAUGCUGUCGAUGAGUAAAGAGCGCUGACCUCUGUAAAAGAAUUAACUUUCGUGAGAUUGAGUUAAAAUGUGCCACAACGUCAAUCUGCAGAAUUUUUUUGUUUUUCACUUUUUUAUUCUUUGAAAUUUGGCAGAAAUUUUAAUUUUUGAGUCAUUUUUUCUGUUUUGUAAAUUUUUUUAAGUUUUCAUACUUUUCAAAAAUUUGUUUUUAUUUAAAUAUCCCUUCUUUACUCCGUUGUUUGAUUUUUUUCUUAAAUUCAAUACAAAAAAAAAAGGAUAGUUUUUAAGUAAUUAAAGAAUCGUGUCAACUUUAUUAGCCAAUAAGUUAUCGAUAAUAAAGUUUAAUUUUUUAUAAAAAA